AUGUAUGCGGUGUACAGUGAUGGGCGCUGGGGUAAAUACCCAAACAGUACAUAUAAAAGUGGUACAAGUAAAAAUAGAACAGAUUCGGACAAAAAUGUAGAGGAACAUGAUGAAGACGAGGAAUUGUCAACGAUCGAAGACGUAUUAUUAUCAGGAGUAAGAUUAUCUUUACCCACAACGACAUCGACAUCAACACCAAUUUUAAAUCCAACAACGAAUAACGGAAAAAGAAAAAGAUCAUGGUCGAGGGCGGUUUUUAGUAACCUCCAAAGAAAAGGAUUAGAACGACGAUUUCAACUACAAAAGUACAUAACGAAACCAGAUAGAAGACAAUUAGCGGCUACGUUGGGUUUAACGGACGCCCAAGUGAAGGUUUGGUUCCAAAAUCGCAGGAUGAAAUGGAGGCAUUCGAAAGAGAGCGGAAAAACUACCGAAAAUCCCGCAGAUUCAACUCAAGAUCAUGAACUUCUUAUAGACGUUGAUACGGUUUCGGAUGGUUAA